AUAAAGAGACUGGAAGGGCCAUCUUCCCAGCCACCAUGUCUCUGAAGAAAUUCCAUAUUAUGUCUCGUGUCCUACGGUUCGAUGACAGAGAGAAAAGACAGGGCCGGAGAGAACAUGACAAGCUGGCAGCUAUCCGGGAUGUAUGGGACAAGUGGGUUCAGCAACUGCCAUUGCUUUACAACCCAGGCCCCCAUGUGACUGUGGAUGAAUGUCUGGUGGCGUUUCGUGGCCGCUGUCCAUUUAGACAGUACAUCCCGAGUAAACCAGCCAAAUACGGCAUUAAAAUAUGGGCAGCAUGUGAUGCCCAGUCGAGCUAUGCCUGGAAUAUGCAGGUCUACACCGGCAAAGCCCCUGGGGAAGCACCUGAAAAAAAUCAGGGCAUGAGGGUUGUCCUGGACAUGGCUGAGGGACUGGAGGGGCACAAUAUAACGUGCGACAACUUCUUCACCUCCUAUGCCCUUGGUGAAGAACUCGCAAAGCGGAAAGUCACCAUGCUGGGGACAGUCCGCAAGAACAAGCCAGAGCUUCCCUCUGAGCUUGUUGCAAUCAAGAACAGACAGGCUACAUCCUCAGUGUUUGCCUUCACUGAGAACGCCACAGCUGUUUCGUAUUGCCCCAAGAAAGGGAAGAACGUUGUGCUCAUGAGUACGAUGCACAAGGAUGCCCAGCUCAGCACCAGGGAGGACAAGAAGCCACAAAUGGUGUUGGACUACAAUGCCACAAAGGGUGGUGUUGACAACCUGGAUAAAGUCACAGGCACGUACAGCUGCCGACGCAUGACUGCACGAUGGCCCCUUGUUGUAUUCUUCAACAUCAUCGAUGUGAGUGCCUACAACGCUUUUGUGCUUUGGAGGGAGAUCAGUGAAGGCUGGAACAGCGAAAAGCUGUACCGGAGGAGGCUGUUCCUGGAACAGCUGGGGUACGCGCUGGUGCAACCCCAAAUUGCACGAAGAGUUGUCCUACCAAGAGCCUCAGCGGCUGCUGUGGUGAUAGUGGAGGAUGUUCAGAGGGAGGCACACACCUCCAAUCCUCCAGUGGCCAGAGGGCAAAAACGAGGCAGGUGCCAGAUCUGUUCCACUAGGAACGAUAACAAGACAACUAAUACAUGUGGGGGAUGUGGCAAAUACAUCUGCAAGGAGCACAUCCGUUGUGGAUCAUGUGCCCAGUAGUGCUUUACCCUUUCUUGGAGAGUGGGGGAUGAAUAUUGCCAUUUUUCAUUUGUUUUACAUUUCUUGAGAGAGGUAGACUCUAGGCUACUUUUUGCAGUCUGUGAAAAAAUAGGAGUGGCAGACUUUUACAGUAUUUUAGUUUUUUUGAAAUAAGACAAUAUUUUUGGUAAAUAGCCUACUGUCUUGUUAUUUUUUUCUUCAAAUAUGGACACUCCAAAUGGCCGGCCAAUGGUCAGAUAUUUGUUGUUGUUGAA